AUCCUCAACCUUUACUCAGAACACUAUGAGUUUUCUGAAUUCAGGAAUAAAGAGACAGCUCUUGGAUUUACUCUCUGUAUGCUGCAUUUUUGUUCCUAACCAGUCUGGUAUCAUAAAUGGCUACCAAUGGCAAUACACUUCAGGUUCCCUUGCGUCAGAAGACGAGGAAGAAAACUCAAGAUUUUUUCAAGAUGAGUCGGAGGAGGAUAUCAUGUAAAGAUCUGGGACAUGCUGACUGUCAAGGGUGGCUGUAUAAGAAAAAGGAAAAGGGAACUUUCCUAAGCAACAAAUGGAAAAAGUUCUGGGUGGUGCUCAAGGGGUCAUCGCUGUACUGGUACAGCAAUCAGAUGGCAGAGAAAGCAGAUGGAUUUGUCAACCUUUCUGAUUUCACUGUGGAAAAAGCAUCAGAAUGCAAGAAAAAGAACGCGUUGAAGAUCAACCAUCCGCAGAUCAAGACCUUUUAUUUUGCAGCUGAGAAUUUGCAGGAAAUGAAUGUGUGGUUAAAUAAACUUGGAUUAGCUGUAAUCCAUCAUGAAUCCGCUACAAGGGAUGAAGAAUGUUAUAGUGAAAGUGAGCAGGAAGAUCCUGAAAUAGCUGUGGAGACACCAUCCCCUUCUUAUUCUUCAGCAACUUCUUCUCCUGUGGCUACACAGCGGGCAUCUUCAGUCUCACCCAAACUGAGUGAAACAUCGUGUUCUGUUUCAUCGCUGGAAAGUACAGUGAAGACAUCAGGCAGCUCUGCUGCCUCCGGAUCUAAAGAGAGACAGUCCUGGCUCGACAUGGUUAAUGGUUCACCUGCUGUGGAAGAUGCUGGACUCUCCCAGACGUUUGCUGUGCAGGUUCAUUUACUUGCUCCCUCAGAGGCAAACAGUUGCAAGGCCCCAGAAAACAGCUUUGUCACGGCUGAGAGUGGGCUUUUGAACUCCUUAUCUAGUGAUGACACUUCUUCGUUGAGUAGCAGUCAAGACCAUCUGACUGUUCCAGACAAACCUACUGGAUCAAGGAUGAUGGAUGGAGAUGAAACAAAAGCAGCUGAAGAUGAAAUGGAAAAGCUUUACAAAUCAUUAGAGCAAGCUAGUCUAUCUCCUCUGGGCGACCGAAGACCUUCAACCAAAAAGGAGUUAAGAAAGUCCUUUGUUAGGAGGUGCAAGAAUCCAUCUAUCAAUGAGAAACUGCACAAAAUCCGAACCUUGAAUAGCACAUUAAAGUGUAAAGAACAUGAUCUGGCCAUGAUUAACCAGUUGUUGGAUGAUCCAAAGCUGACAGCCAGGAAAUACAGGGAAUGGAAGGUCAUGAAUACCCUGCUCAUCCAGGACAUCUAUCAGCAGCAGCAUGCCCCACCCGCACCUGAGGGCAGCCCCCAGGAACUCAAAAAAGACCCUUCUUCUGUCUGUGCUGACAGUUCUAUUUGAAAAAGAUCCAGGACUCCCUCCUCUUACAUUUUACUGCAAGCAACUCUACAGGAGGAUGCCAAAAACUUACAUUUUUCCUUAAAAGGGAAACUGAAGUUCUUGGAGGAUGGGCUCCCCAUCUGAAAAUACAGCUUGGAAGAAAACAGUAACCAAAUGCAACAGAACCCCUAGUUCGACUUGUGUCACAGCCCUUGGGUGGGAGGGGUUGAGGUCCUUUGAGGAAUCACGAUUUUAUAUUCCUCAUGGGAGCUCAGACGUAUGCAAGGUUCCAGGUGGACACGAGAAAUCUAUCUUCUGCUCCUUGUUUGUAAGAGAAUUAAAACAUACCAUGGACACAAAAUAUGGUUUUACUAGGGAUAUAAUUAUUACAUUAUUUCACAGCAACACUCUGUCUUCCAGCAGAAGCGUGUAUAUAGUCCACCUAUUGGGCUGCAGAGUUCUGUGAGGAGAAGGCGCAGUGGCUGGAGCAGGUGACUUGUCGUUGUGACAGAACACACAUUGUUUGCCUCUGGUGCAGAAUGGUGGAGUCUCAUUCUCUUGUUGAGAAAUACUUUAUGGAGACUGGUGUAUGGAAGUGCCUGGGGAGGAAGUGAACUCUGUGUUCCAUGCACAAAGAGGACAAAUUGCUUUCUUCACACCUUCCCCUGGUCAGAUAACCUGACUAAUGUUCCUUUAUCUCACAACGACUAGGAAAAACCUAACUCAUUGAAGCUGGAGAACUGUGUGCCCUCUUAACUUUCUGAACAGAAGCAAAACAGCCCACCAGGGAAGGUUUUGUUGCUUUUGAACUUGGCUGUGGUAUCUGUUUGCAAAAUGAAUUUAUAGCCAGUUUUUCUGGGAUGAAUAUUAACAAAAUGAUUCAGGCUUACAAAUUGCUGUGGUCUAUUUGUGGAAGAAGAAAACCCAAAGCAAUCAAAACAACAACAGAGUUAAAUAAACAUGAUUGUUUUAUUUUUGUAUGUCACUUUGUGUGCUAUGUGAAUAGCUAUCUAUGUUUCUUAUUUAAAUAUAUUUAUAGAAGUUAAAAUUACUAGUGUUUUAAAAGAUGAUAUACUAUUAUAUGUUUUGUUCUGUAUAUAUAUCCUAGAAGUAUAUACUUAUUUUGCUUGGAGAAAAAAAUGUUGUUGAUUUAUUGGAGUUACGUUGCACUAAUAAUGAAUGAGGAAUGCUCAGGAAAUCUUGUGACAAAAAUAAUGGGAGCAUGUACUGGUAAUUUUUUAUUUUAUGGGGAACCUUUCCUCUCUCUUACUCUCUCUGUCUCUGUCUCUCUCUCUCUCUGUCUUUCUCUCCCACUCACUCCAGAGCUCUUAAAUUCUGUUGGUUGUCAUUCUCAUAAGUUUCACAUUGGGUUAUCCCUUGUAUUAGAUAAACUUGAAGCUUUAUGCCAUUAUGCUCAUAAACCCUAAACCAAAUGAAGCAUAAACAAUGUAAUAUUUUGACGAAAGAUUUAAUAGAAAUUUGGGGAUUGUUAAGAAGUGUCCAUAGAGAAGCAACACAAAAGCCUUCACUUGCCAAUCAAUAUGCAGGUUUCUCCCCAUAUGACAAUCUGCAACCCCCAAGAACCUGUUUUGACCCUACCUUCUGCUUCUGCUAGCAAAUUUUUGACAUAAAAUUUUAUACCAUCGAAGUGUGGCUUGACAUUUAAAUGGAAAUAACUACCUGAAUUACAUUUGCAAACAAAGUUACAUCUGCAAGCUUUACUAAGAAGUCAUCAUACUCUGUAAACAAACAAUUUAGCAUUAAGAAGAAAAAAAGGCCCAAAACAAAAAACAGGAAGCAAGUUGUAAUAUUAGAAACUUUGCUAAAUGACUGUCAGUCAGUUUGGCCUAGCAUGCAUUUCAACAUUUCUGCACCAAGGGAAGCAUAAGGAAAAUGUGCCGCUUAGAUUAGAUGACACCCUGGUUUGGGUGGUCCAUCCUUUAGAUUGUUUGGUCUGGAAAUUAUCAUGGAUACUUUCUGUGAUUAACGGCUAUUUGAAUGUUGAUGGUUUGGGAUUCACAGUGUAGAUGGACCUUUAAGGAAAGGAGAAAAGGUGUAUUUCCACCUCUUUGAUAUGGUUUGCAGUCCCAACUUGCAGAAACCUAAACAGUUUUUCCUGAGUAAAGGAGCUCCACUUUUGAGUAGGGUUUGCAGAUACAUUUCAGUGUUUUACUUUGGCUUUUCAUUAAUACUUGUUGAACUGAACUUUUAACGUAAAUGCCUUCACUCAAAUUUAAGGACAAAAUCAGCUAUGAGAUUACUCGAGUAGGCCUCGAAGUUAGUUUUAAACUCACUGCAUAAAAGUUCAUCUGAAAGUUUUGCUUUGGCAAACAUCUCCAAGUGAAAGUUAUGUCCAAUUGUUUAAUGUUGUGCCCCGGCCUUUUACACCAGGCUACCCACAGUUACUAGUGUGUUCUCUUUUGUAAGUAAUUGCUUGUACUUGGGGCUGGGUUGUUAGGAAGAGGGGCAGCUACUGUGAGUUUCCAGCCUCAGCUGUGACCACGAAGAGGCACAUGUGGGACACUUUCCAAGGCACUCAGGGUAGAUGCAACACUACCAAGUUAUGUCUUGCCCUUGAGUCACUUUUCUGGUCUAAACAAUUUUGAGAAAACUGGAUUAUUUCCAGUUUAUUGCCGAGGAAUGGUCAUCUCUGAAAUGAAUUUUGGGGUCUAAGAGAUACUCCUAUGCCCGCUGCUGUAGCCAUAGAGUUUGUGGCUGUGGAAUAACCCAGAACUGUAGCCACCCAGAAAGGAAAUGGAAACCCAUUUAGCCUGUAGAUUCAGACUAGCGGCUCUGGUACCCUCAUUUGUUGGUAGAUUGCAAAUACACGCUGAAUCCCACAUCCAUCCUGUAUUUGGAGUGUACGUGUUGCUUUCAAGAAUUCCUACGCUUCCCACAAUAAGCUAAAAUCUCAGAAUAGAAUUAAAGCGCUAGAAAGAAUGUGAAGUGUGUAAUUACUAUGGCUGUAGGAGACCUAAGAGAUUGUGUUUAGAGUGUAAAUCCAUGCCUUAUAUUUGCACAGCACUUUGUAGUUUGCAAAUUAGUGUGGUCCAUUCUUUUCCUCCUAAUUCAUCCCAACCCUACCCCUCCUACUGCCCUGUGAUCUAAGUGGGAUGGGAUGUUUGCGGAUUAUCAGAACAGUGAAGUGCCUGGUCCAUAGUCCCAAGUGGUGGUGCUGGAACUUGAGCUUCACUUCAGAACUCAACCCCUCCCUAGCCUAUUCUUGCAAAAUUGCUGCUGGAGCAUGGCCAGUUAUGGAGCAAACAGAAUGAUUUGGAUCCUGCUGUCUAUUGCACUGGGGCUUAGGACACAUGAGCUGGCCCCUGGUGACUUUACUAAACCAGCCACCUGCACAGUAAGGAACUUCUCUGUUGUGCCUACUUUUCUGUCUGAAGGUCCAGCUCUCAUCGGCUACCGCACUGUCUGUGACCAUGUCUUUCUGUAAGUUAGACUCCAUAUUAGUGCUUGUGGGAAUCUCAGAUGAAAGAUGGUAUCUGUAACAGAAUGAAAAAUAUUUAUUUUGUUUUCUUUCCAAGAUAUGUCAGAUAACAGAGAUUCAAUUUAGUGAUCAGGGGCUAGUCCUCUGAUUUUCCUCUCAAUUUGUUCUCAUAUAAUUUUAAUGAUUUCCUCAGGAAGACUUUAAAUCCCAGUGUCAAAGAGAUGAAACAGAUGAAAAGAAAAAUAUUUAUCAGUCUUUUGAGGAGAUGCGCUAUGCCAAUUCAAGCCAUACUGAAAUUCAUGGACACAUACCUCUUUGUAAGAAAGAAACACAAUAUUUUGAUAGAGCCCCACACAAUUUAGUAAAUGACAUAAGUGCUUACUAUCCAAAUGCCACUUUAUGUUGAAAAGCUGCAUAUCCAAAGAAAAUUUUAGGAUGUGUCUCUCCUGCAGUCUGAUGGAAGUGUUUCCAAUUAUUUCCUUUUCAGUGUUGUUGUAUGUUUUUCUCACAAGAGAAAUCUGAACUUAGCAAGAGGAGGUGACUGCCUGCCUGUAGUUUUGUUAUGAAAUAUUACAAAUAAAAGCCCCUUAAACUAGAUUUUUUUACAACCUCAAGGAAAUGGGCUGCCUAGCUUAGUGAAUGAGAUACUAGGCAGUCGUGAGCUGGAAGGAACAGUUUUUUGCCUCUUAGGAACAUCUUUAUUCUUUCCCACAUGACCACACUACUACAUCAGAAACGCUGCAAAUGGAUUUUUACAUUUUUAAAAAUAUGUUUUUACAUUUCUCUUCCUGUGAGGAAACUUAAUCCCUCUGAACUGAUAUUCCGUCCCCUUUAGUCCAUGGAGACAUUUACUACCUUAUAGCAUAUGUUUUUAAUAUCAUUGCAUGAGGGGGAUGUGAUUUAAUACUGCAUGGUGUUUGGGGCAAGGUAUUAAUGUGGAAACGAUGUCUUAAAUUCCAUCUGCUUUUAUCCUUUGUUAUCUAUUCUUUUACUACACUGAAAAAAAGGCAUGGCUCAAUUUUCCUGCUUUGUUUCUGAGGUUGACUUGUAAGAUAAAAAUAAACCUAAAGUGUAUCUAAUAAAGUGACAUGGAAAAAUGUGAAA